CCCCAGGAGGCACUGAUAAGUCACCCUUGUCAGAGGCUUUAAUUUCUUAUUUACCUUCAAGACAUCUAUUUAUAGCUCUACUUCAACCUUAUAGACUCACCACCGCUCCUUCAAAAAUAAUCACCAUAGUAGUAGUACUAUAAUGGAAGCCAUUUCCAAGCAAAACCAUGAUGUCCCUCCCUUCCAUGCAACCACUCCUCACCAGUCCACCACUCUCUUAUCAACCCAUCUCAUUUCAAAACUCUUGGGAUUUUUAAGGGCUUGUGCCUUCUUGCUUGUAGCAUCUGCUGAAGUGUUUUUACUUCUGCAAAAAUGGGAACUAAUGUUCCAUUUUCUGCUACUCUGUUUUCCCCUCCUCUGUUACCUUCUAAAGCACUUCCUCUCAAAGGCCUCUCCUAUUUACCUUGUGGAUUUCUCAUGUCUGAAACCACCAAGCCAUUGCAGGGUGCCUUUUGCAACAUUUCUUGAACAUGCUUCCCAGUUUGAGAUUUUUGACACUGAAAGCUUAGCUUUCAUGUCCAAAGUGCUCCACUCUUCAGGGCAGAGUGAAGAGACAUGUCUCCCCCCUGCCUUACACCACAUCCCUCCAAAAACCCACCAAGCUGAAUCCAUCAAAGAGGUUCACAUGGUUCUGUUUCCCAUCAUGGAUGAUCUCCUAGCAAAAACCAAAACCUCACCACAUGAAAUUGACAUUCUCAUCAUAAAUUGCAGUGGCUUUUGUCCUUCCCCUUCUCUAACCUCCAUUGUCAUCAACAAAUACUCCAUGAGAAGUGACACCAAGAGCUACAACAUCUCUGGCAUGGGGUGCAGUGCAAGUGCACUCUGCAUUGAUCUAGCACAGAAUCUUCUCAGAGUUCACAAAAACUCCAAUGUUGUCAUUCUCAGCACAGAGAUUCUAUCAACAGGUUGGUAUUCAGGUAAAGAACCCUCCAAGUUACUGAUCAAUUGCCUUUUCAGGAUGGGAAGUGCAGCACUUCUUCUCUCAAACAAAAAACAAGCAAGAAACUCUGCAAAAUACAGAGUCCUCAGGACACUGAGAACACAGAGAGCCUUUGAUGAAAAGGCCUAUUUUUCUGCCAUGAGGGAGGAAGAUUCAGAAGGGAAACUGGGGGUUACUCUCAAGCGUGACCUGCUUCAGGUAGCAGGUGAAACUCUCCGUUCAAACAUCUCCAUUCUGGGUUCUGAAAUCUUGCCUCUUUCUGAGAAAUUCUGGUAUGGAGUUUCUGUGAUCAAGAAGAAGUUCAUAAAGUCUGAGGGGAUUUACGUGCCGAAUUUCAAGACUGUGAUUCAGCAUUUUUGCUUGCCAUGUUCUGGAAGAGCAGUGAUAAGAGAAGUGGGAAAAGGGUUGAAGCUUGCAGAGAGAGAUAUUGAACCUGCUAUGAUGACACUGUACAGGUUUGGGAAUCAAUCAUCUUCUUCACUGUGGUACGAACUGGCUUACUUGGAAGCCAAGGAAAGAGUUCAGAAAGGUGAUAAGGUCUGGCAGCUUGGAAUGGGAAGCGGGCCAAAGUGUAUCAGUGUGGUUCUGAAAUGUGUUAGGCCUCUAGUUGGUGAGUCCAAGAAGGGACCAUGGGCUGAUUGCAUCCAUCAAUACCCAAUAGUAGCUUUGGAUUAAGAUUAAUAGUGAUCUUCACUCUGAUCAAUCAGUAAACUCUUAUUUUCAUCUUUGAAAGAUAUGAAGUCGGUCACUUUAGUCUACGAUAUCACCUCCGAAGGUGAUAAGCGACUAAACUGAUGUUACACAUUGAUCGCGUUUUUUCAUCUUUUAGAGAUCAAGAUGAACAAUUCAAUAUUUUA